AAUUCUACGACAUUAAACGGGGCGGGUCUAGUUGCUUAGUGGCAGACGACAUUUUACUGAACCCAGUACGCACGAAGAUGUUGUUUGUCUAACUCAAAGCUGGUAUAUUUUUCGCAGGUGUGUUGUUUGUAAAAGACUGUUUUCAUGCUGUAAAGAGAUACGUGCAGUUUUUACACACUAACAUUCACUUGCUAUCAGAAAAAUACAUUUCUACAAACCAGUACUGUAGGGUAAAGAAAAUGAGAGGAAGUAACUCGUAUGGAGACCGAGACAGAGAUCGAGGACGGGACAGAGGGGCUCGCUUUGGAUCAAGUCGUGUUGUCCAACCUCCACCUAAGAAGUUUGGGAAUCCAGGAGAUCGGCUGAGGAAAAAGAAAUGGGACCUUGACCAGCUCCCCAAAUUUGAGAAGAACUUCUACAGCGAACACCCAGAGGUUCAACACAUGAGUCCGUAUGAUGUUGAAGAAUAUCGCAAGAGGAAAGAGAUAACCGUCAGAGGCUCCGGCUGUCCAAAGCCUGUCACCAAAUUCCAUCAAGCUCAGUUCCCUCAAUAUGUGAUGGAAGUGCUGCUGCAGCAUAACUUUAAGGAGCCCACUGCUAUCCAGGCUCAAGGUUUUCCUUUGGCUCUCAGUGGCAGGGACAUGGUGGGCAUCGCACAGACUGGCUCUGGAAAAACACUGUCUUAUCUGUUGCCUGCCAUAGUGCACAUUAACCAUCAGCCAUACCCAGAGAGAGGGGAUGGGCCCAUCUGUCUUGUGUUGGCACCGACACGUGAAUUAGCCCAGCAGGUGCAGCAAGUGGCUUAUGACUUUGGCAAAUCAUCCCGAAUCAAGAGUACCUGUGUUUAUGGUGGAGCUCCUAAAGGUCCACAGAUCAGAGAUUUAGAAAGAGGUGUUGAAAUCUGCAUUGCCACACCUGGCCGUCUGAUCGACUUCCUGGAGGUAGGAAAAACCAACCUGCGCCGUUGCACCUACCUGGUGCUAGAUGAGGCUGAUCGUAUGUUGGACAUGGGUUUUGAACCCCAAAUCCGCAAAAUUCUUGACCAAAUUAGACCUGACAGACAGACUCUCAUGUGGAGUGCUACCUGGCCUAAAGAAGUGCGUCAGCUGGCUGAAGAUUUCCUCCAUGACUAUGUCCAAAUCAAUAUAGGAGCUCUAGAACUAAGCGCAAACCACAACAUCCUGCAGAUAGUGGAUGUCUGCAUGGAAAAUGAAAAAGACAACAAGCUGAUUCAGCUGAUGGAGGAAAUCAUGGCUGAAAAGGAGAACAAAACCAUCAUCUUUGUCGAGACAAAGAAACGUUGUGAUGAACUGACUCGCAGGAUGCGGAGAGAUGGGUGGCCUGCAAUGUGUAUUCAUGGUGACAAAAGCCAACCAGAGAGGGACUGGGUGCUAACAGAGUUCCGCAGUGGAAAAGCUCCAAUUUUGAUCGCUACUGACGUUGCCUCACGGGGUCUGGAUGUGGAGGAUGUUAAAUUUGUCAUCAAUUAUGACUAUCCAAACUCUUCUGAGGAUUAUGUUCAUCGCAUUGGGCGCACAGCCCGUAGCACCAACAAAGGUACAGCCUACACCUUCUUCACACCUGGGAACCUUCGACAGGCUCGUGAUCUGGUCCGUGUUCUUGAGGAGGCUAGACAGGCCAUCAACCCCAAACUACUGCAGCUGGUGGACACAGGCCGUGGGGGAGGUGGAGGUGGGAGGAUGCGUUAUCGUGGCAACAACUCAAGCUCAAAUAACCCCAACAUGAUGUACCAAGACGAAUGUGAUCAGCGUAUGAGCUCUGCAUCGGGGGGGAACAAGGGCAGCCGCAGCAACAACUUUAGCCGCGACGGAAGGUCAGGUGGGAGCAGCCGAGGCGACCGUUUCUCCUCUUCUUCUUACAGAGAUCGCAGUAGGGAUGGACGAAACAACUACAACUCAGGACCCUCCUACAACAGUGAAGGAGGUGACCAAUACCAGAGCUAUGGGGGUGGAGGAGGGGGGCAGUAUGGCUCCAGAGGGGGAGGUUCACAUCCAGGUGGGGGAGCGGGAGGGCAAGAUCAGGCUGGACCUCCCCAAGGUCUGUUUGGAGCGCCGCCUCCAACUCCUCCUCAGCCUGGGCCGGGUCCGCAGCCACUCAUGGCACAACAGUUCCCUCCUCCACCACAGCCUGUCAUGGGUUUCAUGGGUCCUGGCCCAUACCCAUUUGCCUCACCACAACCCCUUCCUCCCCCUCCCAGAAAGUAGCAUCCAGAGGCAUUUCUGUCUUUUCAAACCUUUUCUUUUUGUAAUAGUAACCUGCCCUGCUACCAGUUGGAACAUUUUAAUAUAGCUGUGUAAUAUGGUGUGCUCCUUAUUUUCUGUUGUGUUGUCAUAGAAAAGGAUGGCUUUGCGUUUAAUUAAGCCAGUGGUCCAGGGUCUUGAGAGAAGGGCCUCUCAUUUAAUACAAUACUUCGUUUUUUUGGUUCUCAAAUCUGUCCUGAAGUAAAACCUGCUAUGGGGGCACCUUUAGUUUGUCAUAGUUUAGUUAUCUACUUUUUUAAUGUGUAUCUUCUUAAAUAUAUCUUUUGAUUACAGUUGGUUAGUACUUAUUCAUGAUGAUUAUUGAUGUUUUUUUUUAAAGCAGUGUAAUUUGUUUCAUUAAAGAUUCUUAAUUGAUUUCUUAA